AUGGCACCGACAAAGCGUGAAGCUGUGUCGCUUGACACGAAGAUGGAUAUUUUGCAGGACUCUCGACGCGGCUUCAAGGUGAGCGCCCUCGUGAAGAAGUAUGAACUCGCCCAGUCGACGAUAUCAACCAUCUUGAAAACCGGGAGCACUGCGAUUGUGAAGGCAGGAGCUAUCAGCGGCCAUGCCGAUCAGCGGAAAAGGGUUAGGGACCCUUUGUACGCUGAUGUUGAAGAGGCGCUUUACCAGUGGUUCAUCAAAACCCACGCGCAUAAUGUGCCUAUUAGUGGGCCAAUACUUACCACCAAAGCGAAAAACUUCACUUUUUUUCUGGGACGCCCAAAUUUUGAGCCUGCGGGAGGCUGGAUUCAGCGCUUUAAAGAGCGGCACGGAAUCGUUUACAAAAACGUGAUAGGGGAAGCGGCGUCUUUGGACACAGAGGCAAAGCAGCAGUGGCUGCAGACAAAGCUGCCCGGCGUGCUGGAGUGCUACGUGGAGAAGGACAUAUAUAAUUGUGACGAAACUGCUCUGUUUUUUCAAAUGUUGCCGUUGAAGACUCACGCUCUUAAAGGAGAUCAAUGCCCCGGCGGGAAGCACUCGAAACUUAGGGUGACCGUGUUGCUGUGCGUUAGCAUGGACGGGAGCCAUCGUCUCAAUGCAGACAGUGCUGCCUCGUUCUGCGAUGAGGUCACUGACGAGGCGAUCGCCGAAGAUGUGUUGUCUCGACAGACAGCAAAGCUGUGCGACAGCAGCACCAGUGACAACGAGAUUGACAGUGGCUCCUUGACCCCGACCACGAUGUCCACGCAAAGUGCACUGUCGUCGAUCGACUCCUUAAUUGAUUUUAUGCAUGCUAAAGGAUUGUCGCCAGUGUUCGAGCAGCAGCUGGAAUCCAUGCACACCGCGGUUGUGAAGCUGAAGCUGCCGCAAAAGCAAGUGCAGAUUUCGGAUUAUUUCGGCGUGCCUAACCCUUGA